GCUCAAGUCUGAUUCCCGCCCUCCCUUCUCGUUUUAGGAAUGUUGUGCUGAGAAGCCACAGAAGAGGGUAUGGCCUUAUUUUGCCAAAGAAAACACAGCAGUUGCAACCAGUUUUGCAAAAACCGUCAGUGUUUGGAAAUGAUUCUGAUGAUGAUGAUGAGACUUCUGUGAGUGAAAGCCUUCAGAGGGAAGCUGCUAAGAAGCAGGCCAUGAAACAGACCAAACUGGAAAUCCAGAAGGCCCUUGCCCAAGACUCCACUGUGUAUGAAUAUGACAGUAUUUAUGAUGAAAUGCAGAAAAAAAAGGAGGAAAGUAAUCCCAAAUUGCUUUUGGGAAAAGAUCGAAAGCCCAAGUAUAUUCACAACCUACUAAAAGCUGUUGAGAUAAGAAAAAAGGAACAGGAAAAAAGAAUGGAAAAGAAAAUACAGAGAGAACGAGAAAUGGAAAAGGGAGAAUUUGAUGAUAAAGAGGCAUUUGUGACAUCUGCUUAUAAGAAAAAACUUCAAGAGAGAGCUGAAGAGGAAGAAAGAGAAAAGAGGGCUGCUGCUCUAGAAGCACGUUUGGAUGUAACCAAGCAGAAAGAUCUCAGUGGAUUUUACAGGCAUCUGUUAAAUCAAGCAGUUGGUGAAGAAGAAGUACCUAAAUGCAGCUUUCGUGAAGCCAGGUCUGUGAUAAAGGAAGAGAAAUCAAGGAGUUGCUUCAAUGAAGUAAGUUCAGAGGACAGAAUACCACAGGAGAAAUGCGUUUUCCAUACUGGUGUGAAAGUAGAGGAAAAUCUAGAUGCAGACAGUGACUUGGAUGCUAAGAGCAGUGAGGAUGACAAAAUGGAAGAAAAUAAAGUGAACUGCAGAAGGGAAAAGGCCAUGGAAACCUCUGAGAAUGAUGCCAAGCAUCAUAGGAAUCAAACCCACUCAAGGUCAUCUAGUGAAGAAAGAGGGCAUGGUGUCAAACACCACACAAAAAGUUCCAAGUCAAGUAGACAUGAGAAAAGAGAAGGUCAGCACCAAGGGAGUCAGUCGAGAGACCAAGAGAACUAUUACACUGACCAUGAUUAUCGAAAAGAAAAGAAGAAUCCUCAUAGGCACAGAGAGGCCAGUCAUAGAGAUUUCCACUGGAAGAGGCAUGAACAAGAUAAACUGAGGGGAAGAGACCAAAGAGAAGGAAAUGACAGAGAAUGGAAAAGAGAGAAAGACAGGGAGAGAGAUUUCCCAAGAGAACAAGAAAGAGAUAGACAACAAAGUGAUCGUGACCGACACAGUGAGAAAGGAGAAGAGAAGGAAGAGAAAAGCAAAGAAAAGGAAGAACAUGUGAAAGUAAGGAAGGAAAGAAAUGAAAAUAAUGAUAAAUACAGAGAUAAGGAAAAACAAGAAGUAAGUGUUCAAUCUUCAGAAAGAAGUCAAGACAGAAAGGAAAGCAGCCCAAAUUCUAGGACAAAGGGUAGGUUUCUUGACCAAGAAAGAUCCAACAAAAUGAGAAACAUGGAAAAGGACAGGGAAAGAAACCAAGAGAAACCCUCUAGUUCUGAAACAUCACUGGGAACAAAACACAAACUCACAGAGGAAAGGCGAGAGAAAGUGAAAGAACAAGAGAGACCACCUGAGGCAGUGAGCAAGUUUGCGAAGCGGAACAAUGAAGAAACUGUAAUGUUUGCUAGAGACAGGUACUUGGCCAGGCAAAUGGCGCGGGUUAAUGCAAAGACCUAUAUUGAGAAAGAAGAUGAUUGAUGGCUGCCCAAUAGAAAGAUCUGUGGCAGCACAGAAAAUUGUAACUCCUGGACACUUCCUGUGUGAAAGCGUAGAGGAAAGGAGGGUGUUAACAGUGGUUGAGAGGAUAUUUUAAAAUAUAUUUUCAAAAUUCACUUUUGGCUUAGGUUGAAAUCAAAAGUAAGUCCUUUUUUCUUGAAUAAACAUAUAAUAUUUACUUAUCCAUACUACAUUUUUGGUGGGAUUAAAGAACUAAGAGUGUGCUAAAUUCCUGUAGAUAAUGAGGAAAAUUGACUCCACUACAACCAUUAAAAACUAAUUUAAACAACUCUCCUAAUAUGUUGGUAUUGUUGCAGAAUCUGUUUUAUUUUAUAAAUAAUGUAUUUCAGGUAAAAAUAUGUUGAUUUGAACAAUAAAGUAGAAUAUUGUUAUA